CGCACGUGCACGAGCUCGAGGCAGUCUGUCUGGGAUGUCGUCACUGACGGGGGCGCGCGCGCACGCGGGUGCCCGCUUGCUUUCUAGUGGCGUAGAGGUGAAUUUCCACGUGUUGUCUUCGGAGUGAGGACGCUCGCAGCGGUGAGCUUCAUUCCGGGCUGAGCAGUUGUGUCUAAACAGAUUUCACAAUGAAAGGAUGUUCUGCUGCACUUCUGGUGUCAAGUGCUUUCUUGGCCAGUGUUCUGUAUUAUCACUCUGACCUGCUGGCAGGUGAAAAGAGGAAUAGUUUGCUAAAGCCUAAUUUUAUCAUCAUUCUGGCAGAUGAUAUUGGAUGGGGAGAUGUUCAUCAAAACUGGCCAAGUACAGUUGAGACUCCUAACCUGGACAAAAUGGCAGAAGAUGGAAUGAGAUUUUUAGAUUUCCAUGCUGCGGCAUCCACCUGUUCCCCAUCCAGAGCAUCUUUAUUAACUGGAAGGUUGGGACUUAGAAAUGGAGUAACAAGGAACUUCGCUGUAGGAUCUAUAGGCGGACUACCAUUAAAUGAAACAACCCUUGCUGAAGAACUCAAGAAAAAGGGUUAUUACACAGCAAUUAUAGGAAAGUGGCAUCUUGGACACCAUGACCAGUAUCAUCCGGGAAAUCGAGGAUUUGAUUAUUAUUAUGGUAUUCCAUAUAGUAACGACAUGGGCUGUACAGACAAUCCAGGAUAUGACAUUCCUGAAAUCCCACCAUGUCCCAAAGAUUCAGUGACACAAUGUUUUAAAUGCAAGAAUGUUUCUGCAAAUGUGGCCCUUCCACUUUUUGAAAAUUUUGACAUUAAGCAGCAACCUGUGAAUCUAAAAAUGCUGACACACCUGUAUGCUGAGAGAAUAUCUGGGAUCAUCCAGGAUGCAAGAAAAAGUGGAAAGCCCUUCUUCUUAUAUGUGGCUCUUGCACAUAUGCAUGUUCCACUUACUCCACAUGGUUUUGAGAGUGAAAACAGCACUGACGUGUUUAAAACCAGCUUAAGAGAAAUGGACAGUCUUAUUGGCCAGAUACGGAGAAUCUCAGAUACCAUACAUAAAGAGAAUACCCUCAUUUGGUUUACUGGUGACAAUGGACCAUGGGCUGAGAAGUGUGAAUUUUCAGGGAGUGUUGGCCCCUUUGUUGGGAGUUGGCAGACGCAGAGAGGUGGGAGUUCAGCCAAGAGGACCACUUGGGAAGGUGGCCACAGAGUACCAGCUAUUGCCUACUGGCCAAGCAGAAUACCAGCUAAUGUCACAACUACUGCUCUACUCAGUAUGCUGGAUAUUUUCCCCACUUUGCUCUCAUUUGCUCAUAUAAGUCUGCCCAAGGAUAGACACUGUGAUGGACUGGAUAUAAGUCAAGUUCUCUUUGGCCAUUCACAAUCAGGGCAUCAGGUGUUAUUUCAUCCGAAUAGUGGAGCAGCUGGCAAAUUUGGGGAUCUCCAAACUGUCCGACUGGAGAAGUACAAAGCUUUUUAUAUUACAGGGGGAGCACAAGCCUGCAGGGGUGACAUAGGACCAGAAAAAUUGCACAAUCCACCGCUCAUUUUUGAUCUUUCCCAGGAUCCUGCCGAAAGCGUACCCCUGGACCAAAGCAGUGCAGAGUACUGGAGAGUCGCAGACCGCAUUGCUGCCAAGACAAAGGCAAUGCUGCAGAGUAUAGCCAACGAUAACACGUCCCAGGCAGAUUACACCACUAAGGCUUCGGCGGCGCCCUGCUGUAAUGAGCACCAUGUUGUCUGCAGGUGCUGGGGGUAAGGAUCGAACAACAUCUGUCGUGGGUUCAAGUUAACCUUGAAGAAAAGGAAGUUUGUGUACUAUUUGUGCAUCAUGUGCAGUAUUUGGUUUUCUUAUGGGUAAAGCGCUUAAGAAUGAACACCUGCUGAGCUGUCCAUUAGUGUCAUUCCUUUUCAGCUUUGCAGGUGAUAAUCAGCUUGCUGUCAUGUUUGAAUUGGCUGAAUGAAAUAUUCUGGUAAUGCCUUUCCCUUUUAAUCACCGGUCAGUUUGAUCAACUGAAAAGAUACCUCUAAAGAAUGGAAGAAUUUAAGAAUAAGCUUUGGACGGUGAAGACAUCCCCAUAGUACAAGUACUGUUGAAAUUUGGAAGUAGACAGAUAAAUAAAAUUGGAGUAAUACUAUCAGCUUGAAGCUACCAUUAUAUUUUAGUUCAGGCACCGUACACAUUUAAACCAAUUCCUCCCUAAAUAUCAACAAUAAAUAAAAUGUCCAACCAGAGUUGGAAAUAUUGUAGAUCAUUGGUAUGUAGCUAUUAAGAAUGCUUACUGUUCCUUCUCCUUGGGCAAUUCUGACCAAUUCUAUGGUUCAUUCAUCGUUUUGAUGCUUACAAACAAAAGCUGAAAACUACAAAGCCAGGCAAGAGAACAGUUAAAAAGUGGGCCAGUGGCCGGUCUGUCCUUGCACUUCUACUCUUCUAACUACUUCCAAAUGACUGGACCUCUGCUGAUUUGACUGUCGAGAUAUCACACUAAUAGGCCUCACUUCAAACAGUGAGAAGUCCAAAUACAGAUGAGGGACAGAACAGUUUGGAGUAGCCAUAAUAAUUUAGACCUUGAAGGUAAGUUUGGUAUUUUUCAAGUGCAAGUUAUUUCUACACAACCAUUGUAUUUAUGCAUUUGCUAAGGAAAACUGUUCUUAAAUUGUUUUCUAUAAAUUAAAAAAAAUAAUAAUGUAACCGCUCCUGGCAUUUUAUAAUGGCAUCUUAUGGGGCACAUGUCACAGAAAACAAAAACAUUUUUCAAGCCAAGAAAGUUGUCGAGCAUUGAUCCAUGUCUUGUGAUUUACACACAGCACACAUUGUCAAAAAGCUUAUUUAUACAUUUCAUUUUCAAAGGAAAAAAAAAAACGCCAGUAUUACGAGAUUCAGACACUUUAAAAGAAGACCAGCUGUGCACACAACCUUAGCGCUUUCUUCUUCUACAACAAUCUGCCCCAGUAAUUUGGUUUCUACUUGUGCCAUUUAUGCAAGAACUCCCCCCAGGAAGGCCGCUGGUAUCACACAACUAAACAGAAAGUGCACCCUCACUGAGAGAGAAACAGUACCAGGAAUAAGCGAUAAAAUGAUUACUGACAGGCCCCUGUUGUUGUCACUUCAAAGAGGGUGUAUUUGGUAAAUUUUUAGGGUUAGUUUUUCGGUAAUGGACGAUGUCCCAUUGUUUACAUGCUAGGACUAGCUAUAUGUUUGAUUUUUUAAUUUACAGAAAAUGCUUAACUUUAGAACACAAUUUUGUGUGCCAAAUGCAUAUACACCAUGUUUGUGAAGAAACAGCUGUGACUUGAAAAAUACCAAAAUGUAUCCUUUAACUUUCAUAAAACUCAGAAGAUGGUAGCAGAAUUCAAGAAACUUCCACCUGCUUACUAUCACUUCCUCUAAAUGGCUCAGCUGGUGGGGCAUCAGAGUCGUUCAAGUUUCUGGACACUGUGCUGUAACAAAAGCUUAAGCAGGAAAAAAACAUCACACUUCUUAUCAAGAAAGCCCAUCAGAGAAUGCUGUUUUUGUGCCAGCUGAGGAAAUUCAAUCUCCUACUAGCGAUAUUCAUGGCUGGGGUUCUGCCAGUUCCAAUUGCAGCAUGGUGCCACUUGCUUGGAAUGACAUACUACUUCUUACCAAGCAGGAGUUCUUCUGUCUGUUGCUAGAGAGAUUCACGUUCAUCUGACACUAAAACUCUAUUGUGAGGAAGCAUUGAAUUAAUCUGCCCAAACAAUCCUUCUUUUCUUUGAGAAUACUGUGAAAAAUGAUAUCUUAACAAGUACACAUUUCUUAUUUUGAGGGAAUGUAUAUCAUAUCUACCCACUUGAUAUUAAAUAUCUCAGCUAGCAUUGUGCAUACAAGAUUACUUUGCUAAAUUUAAUAACUGGUUUUGAGUUAUCUGACUUGGAUAUUAAAGGAAUACUCCAACCAAAAAUGAUUUUUUUUAUGUGAUACUUACCCCAUGUGGUUUAUAGUGAUGGCCAAGAAAAACUUUUAAUCUCGUGGAGAACAGAGAUGAAAAUGUUUUUGAUAUAAUGGGAGGAUAUGGUGAGCAACAGCACUAGAAUCCAUGAAGCCUACAAAAAAAACUCCAUAAUCUCGGCCCACCUUAAAUCUCUUCGCACCUCACCAUCAGCGUCUUUUGUUUUGUAAAUGUGUGAAUCAGCACAAGGAGCCUGCUGUCCCAUCCCCUCCUUGACGGAGCUCAGCUCUCCCAGCUGAAGCCAAGGCUCUUUAUCUGCGUGUGAGAUCUGGAGUUGUAUUGGGUAAAUAAUACAGUAUAUCGUUAUUUGGAAUACAUGCAUUUCAUGUGUGUUCCGUGUCUACAAAGAUCUGGGUAAGUGCAGGCUGAAAGGAAGUGCGAGGCAAGAAAUACUGAACACAUACCUAUACCUCCAGAAAACGAUGAGGGUCCACAAACAGAGAGCCUGUUCACUUGAGAUUAUGCUGGGGGGUCUUGGUGUGCCUUGCUCCUGCCAGUGGUCCCCUAC